UCCACUGAAGAGUUGCUCUGAUAACCAGCCAAAUUCUCAGAUUGGACUUUUUUGCUCCGAACACCUCUGAGGCUGGAGAGGAAGAGGGGCGGGGAUGAGCAGGAAGGCAUUUUCAGCCCGAGAUCGCUUCAGUGUGUUUGUGUGUGAGUCAAACGUGUGGGUCUGCAGCUCGGCUGGAUUUUAUGGGAAAGUCAGUUUCCCACCAUUGUGUUCUCAGCGGUUGCCAGACACUCUAAGGGCUUGUAAGCUGCUGUGCUCGUGCAUGUGUGUGUCUGUGGAGUUGUGUAGAGCUGCUGGUUUCACAGAGCAGUACAGGAAGAAGCUGAGUUCAGAUUGUGUUUGAAGCGUCUAAGGGGAAGUCGGGCCGCUCUACAAACCUGUAAAUAUCUCUCUGACUUUUUGGGCUGGUGUUACUUUUCCAUCUUGCACCUCUGGACCGUCCUGCCCUUUUUAUUUUUUUUAUUUUUUUCGAGCGUGGCGGCUCCCGGUGUUACCUAGCCAGCAGUGCUAGUGGCAGUGGUGAGCUACAGGGCUGCAUGCCAUGGGCUGCGUCUUCUCCCUGCCAGAGGACAGGAGAGAUGCUGCUGAGAGGACACCCACCACAAGAGAGACCAGUUUCAUUGAGAAAAUGAAGAAAACCGGAAAGAACAUCAUCGUGUUCUACGGGUCUCAGACGGGUACAGCAGAGGAAUUUGCUAACAGGCUGUCCAAAGACGCUCAGCGUUACGGCAUGAAGGGAAUGGUUGCUGAUCCAGAGGAGUAUAGCAUGGGGGAACUGUCCCGUCUGUCUGAGAUUACAAACUCACUCGCCAUUUUUUGCAUGGCCACCUACGGAGAAGGAGACCCAACUGAUAAUGCACAGGACUUUUAUGACUGGCUGCAGGAAAACGAUGAUGAGGAUCUCUCCGGAUUAAACUACACUGUUUUUGGUUUGGGCAACAAGACGUAUGAACACUACAAUGCAAUGGGGAAGUAUGUGGACAAAAGGCUGGAGCAGCUGGGAGCAACACGCAUCUUUGAUCUUGGUAUGGGAGAUGACGAUGGCAAUUUGGAAGAGGACUUUGUUUCAUGGAGAGAGCAGUUCUGGCCGGCUGUCUGCGAGCACUUUGGAGUGGAAGCCUCAGGAGAUGAAUCAAGCAUUCGACAGUACGAGCUGAAGGAGCACACUGACAUCAACAUGAACAAAGUGUACACUGGAGAGAUCGGCCGCCUGAAGAGCUUUGAGGUCCAGAAGCCGCCUUUUGACUCCAAAAACCCCUUCCUGGCUCUAGUGACUGUCAACCGCAAACUAAAUAAAGCUGGUGACAGACAUCUGAUGCAUUUGGAGUUGGACAUCACAGGCUCCAAGAUCAGAUACGAGUCCGGAGAUCACGUUGCAGUUUUUCCCACAAACGACUCUGCGCUGGUGAACAAGCUGGGACAGAUACUUGGGGUUGACCUUGAUGUGGUUAUCUCUCUUAAUAACCUUGAUGAGGAGUCCAACAAGAAGCAUCCGUUCCCCUGCCCUACCACCUACCGCACGGCCCUCACUCACUACCUGGACAUCACUCACCCGCCUCGCACCAACGUCCUCUACGAGCUGGCGCAGUAUGCCUCUGAUCCCAAAGACCAGGAGAAUAUGCGCAAGAUGGCCUCCUCCUCACCCGAGGGCAAGGCCCUCUACCAGAGCUGGGUGUUGGAUGCCAGCAGAAACAUCCUCGCCAUACUGGAGGAUAUGCCGUCACUGAGGCCUCCUGUCGACCACUUGUGUGAGCUGUUGCCCCGUCUCCAGGCUCGCUAUUACUCCAUCGCCUCCUCUUCAAAAGUUCAUCCCAACAGCAUCCACAUCUGCGCCGUCGUGGUCGAGUACGAGACCAAGACUGGCCGCACCAACAAGGGAGUUGCGACCAAUUGGCUGAAAAACAAACUGGUCACGGACAAUGGGCACAAGUCCACCGUCCCCAUGUACAUCCGCAAGUCUCAGUUCCGCCUGCCGUUCAAAUCCACCAACCCGGUGAUCAUGGUCGGCCCUGGGACUGGAAUUGCUCCUUUCAUGGGCUUCAUCCAGGAGAGAGGCUGGCUCAAACAGCAAGGGAAAGAGGUUGGAGAGACCGUGCUGUAUUUCGGCUGCAGACAUAAGAACGAGGACUACAUCUACCAGGAGGAGCUCGAAGGCUCAGAGAAGAACGGAGUCUUAACAAAGCUGAAUGUUGCCUUCUCCAGAGACCAGGACCAUAAGGUGUACGUGCAGCAUCUGCUGACCAAAAAUAAGGAGCAUGUCUGGAAGUUGAUUCACACGGACAACGCUCAUAUCUACAUCUGCGGAGAUGCAAGAAACAUGGCUAAAGACGUGCAGACGGCUUUCUACGAGAUUGCGGAGCAGGUGGGAGUCAUGACGCGCACCCAGGCUGUAGAUUACGUGAAGAAACUGAUGACCAAGGGACGCUACUCACAGGAUGUCUGGAGUUAAAGAGCCUCAAACCUGGCCUCACUUUGUGCACAUACAGUAGUAGUUUUAACGUUUUUUAUCGUCUGCCUUGGUCUAGACUGAUUUAAAGAAACAAAUGAAUCAAUUUUAAACCUUGUGUUCGUACUCAACCUGGUUCACCUUGACAGCGACAGCUAACUGAAGAAAAUGAGGCAAACUCUACCUCAGUAGAUCUUACUAAACCAAUAGAGCCACCUCCUUACUUUGGUUUGUGGAAAGACAGCUUGUGUUUUUUGAGAUCCUCACACGAUCCUAAUUGUUUCAGCCCUGUGCUUUCCGGGGAGUGUAAAGAGCCUCCCAUUUAUAAAUGAACGAAUUGGUCUAGAAUCCCACCCGCUCUAAAUUCUUAAAUCAUGAGUAUUAGAUGCACAAGAGUGUCAUUUGAUUUUGUUUAAAUGUUUUUUUUUUGUUUUUUUUUAUUAGCCUCAGAUUUAAGGUGUCACACCACAGCAGUUUUGUGUGUGCGUGUGUGUGUGUGUGCGUGCGUGCAUGUGCGUGUGUGUGUUGCAGUGCAAACACUCAGAGUAGGCUGAGACAUAAAUGGACGCUGACUUUUCUCUCUGAGCUGAUUCAGUAGCCGUUUCCUAGCAACAAUAAAUAUCUAAAAUGUUUUUAAAGUUUUUAUUUGGUGUAACAAACUGGCAUCGCAGGUACAAUUGUGUGUUUACCUUUGUGUUUUGACAAGGGGGUUAGCAUUUUAUGCAGACGUUGCUGUUCAUUUGAAAGAAGAAUUUCGAGAGGCACCGAAAAAAAGGAGACUAUCAUAUAUAAAAACCAUGAGAUUAUGUGCUUUUCUUUUCUUUUACAUAGAGAAAAUAAAUAUUUUUAACCAGUGAUAUUUUAAAGCAUUUUGUAUGUUAUAGCCUGCCUCCCAUGGGACUGUUGUUUUCUGCGAUAUUCACCUAAAAGCAGAGGAUUGUGGGUUCAUUGGGUGGCAUUGGCAACUCUAACACGAUAACCACCUCUGUUUGACUUUCUUAUACUCUUCUGCGCCUCUCCCCCUUUUUGUUUGACCACACGUGCGCCGCUGCACGCAGAAGGUGGCCAGACGUAUCCGAACAUUAAACGUGUUCUCCCGUUUCAGUCCGUCAGAGCUCGUCACGGAGGUGUGGGGGAGUUUGAGGUCAGUCAGGCAGUGGAAGCGCAGUGCCUUUUUUCUUUUUCUUUUUUUGUGAUGCCUUAUGUAUGGAGUUGGCAGUAAAGUCGGGAUACUUCAUUGUAUGUUUAUUCCUUCUUUCUUGCUUAUAUUUUGAUAGAAAAGUUCAUCUGAGACACUUUACCCAGUGCUGUCACUUUUAUCAUUCCUCUUUACAAUGUAAUCAUUUGAUUAUAUGGAGGCUUGCUUUUUUUAAUUAAUAAAAAGACUGAAUAAUU